UCAUUUUGUUCACAAAAGAGAACAAAUUUCCCUAAAAUACCAAUCUAUUGUCUUUCCAUCUCUCGAGUCGUUCUGGUGGUCCUUGUCCGUUGGUGUUUAGGAAACCUCUAUCGUGCAUGUUCUUCUUGAGCUUAUACUAUAAGAAUUCACCAUUUUGGCCACUACAAGAAAAUGCUCCAUCUUAUAGCCAAUAUGUUUUAGAGUAAAGAUUUAACCAGGUUUCGAUCCAUCCACACCUAGCUAGGUUUCCUGUUCUUUCUUGCUUAGGGUUAGCUGUUUAAUUUAUAUCAAUCAUAAUGUUGAAGACUGCUCUUUUAUCUACAUGGCCUUGGGAAAAUCUUGGCGUUUACAAGUAUAUGUUGCUUGGACCAUUGGUGGGGAAGGUUAUACAUUCAAGACUUGAAGGGGAUGAUCAUAAUCUAGCAAGCACUUGGUGUUUCCAUAUUCUCCUAAUAAGCUUUCUUAGAUUUGCUCUAUACAUGUGGUAUACCAACACAUGUAACAUGCUUUUCCUUACCCGAAAUCGCCGGAUUUGUACAAAAGGCAUUGACUUUGAACAAAUAGACAAAGAAUGGAAUUGGGACAAUUUUUUGAUAUUACAAGCUCUAAUAGCUUCCAUGGCUAUUUACUUGUUCCCUUAUGGAUUUGCAAACUUGUCUGUAUGGGAAACCAAAGGGCUAGUAGCUAUUGUGGUAGUGCAUGUGUUUGUUUCGGAGCCACUGUACUAUUGGAUGCAUAGACUCCUACAUGGAAAUUACCUUUAUACCCCAUACCAUUCUUUCCACCAUUCAUCAACUGUGCCCCAGCCAGUAACAGCCGGAAGCACCACGUUCUUGGAAGGGUUAUUAGUAACCACAGUGAUCGGAGUACCCAUACUUAUUUGCUGUCUACUGGGAUUCGGAUCGAAGACUGUAAUCUACGGCUAUGUCUUUGUCUUUGACUUCUUAUGUUGUUUCGGCCAUUCAAACGUUGAGAUCGUGCCUCACUGGAUUUUCGACGACUUUCCCUUCUUCAAAUAUCUACUCUACACCCCAACAUACUAUAGCCUGCACCACAGUGAGAAGAACAGCAACUAUUGUCUAUUUAUGCCCCUCUAUGAUGCAAUAUGGAACACUUUGAACACAAAGUCUUGGGAUUUACACAAGAGAAUAAGUCUCGAUGCAGGUAAGUCUACAAGGGUGCCAGAUUUCGUGUUCUUGGCACAUGUGGUUGAUAUAAGAUCUGCACUACACGUUCCCUUCAUCUUCAGAUCAUUUUCAUCAUUGCCUUAUAAUGCUAGACUUUUCUUGCUACCAUUAUUCCCUACCACGUUCAUCGUGAUGUUGGUGAUGUGGGCUAAGGCUAAGACAUUCCUUUUAUCUUUUUACAACUUAAGAGGAAGAUUGCACCAGACAUGGGUUGUUCCUCGUUUUGGCUUUCAGUAUUUCUUGCCAUUCGCGAGUGAAGGCAUUAACAAGCAUAUCGAGGAAGCGAUUCUAAGGGCUGAUAAAUUAGGCGUAAAGGUCAUUAGCCUUGCAGCUUUGAAUAAGAACGAAGCACUUAACGGAGGUGGAACAUUGUUUGUGAAAAAGCACCCGAAUUUGAAAGUACGAGUAGUACAUGGGAAUACAUUAACAGCAGCUGUUAUCCUUAACGAGAUUCAUGAAGAUGUGAAAGAAGUAUUUCUCACGGGAGCAACUUCAAAGCUUGGAAGAGCCAUCGCCCUCUACCUUUGCAGACGAGGAGUUCGUGUUCUCAUGCUGACUCAUGCAACAGAGAGAUUUCAAAACAUCCAAUCAGAAGCACCAACAGAUUGCCAGAAGAAUUUGGUCCAAGUCACCAAGUAUCAAGCUGCACGAAACUGCAAGACGUGGGUGGUCGGAAAAUGGAUAACUCCGGGACAGCAAAGGUGGGCCCCAUCAGGAACUCAUUUUCAUCAGUUUGUGGUACCACCGAUUUUUGCUUUUAGAAGAGACUGCACUUAUGGUGACCUUGCAGCCAUGAAACUACCUGAUGAUGUUGAAGGUCUUGGAUCUUGCGAGUAUACAAUGGGAAGAGGCAUAGUGCAUGCAUGCCAUGCAGGAGGGGUGGUGCAUAGCUUGGAAGGAUGGACUCACCAUGAAGUUGGUGCUCUUGAUGUUGAUAGAAUCGACGUUGUUUGGAAAGCUGCAAUAAAGCAUGGUUUCCAGCCUGUUUGUAGUCAUCCCAAAUGAUCCCAUUGUUCCAAAUUCAUCUCAUCCUUUUACUUGUUACAUACUUCACUUUGGUAAUCUUAGAACCAAUUUCACCAUGUAUGAUCCAUCUAUGUAUCAUUUCAAAAAGUUAUUCAAACGUGCAUGGAUUUACAC